CCACUGUGGGUGUAUUAGGAAUUGGUAUAUGUGGGUAUGCCUAUAUAUGAAUAAAGCAGUCUUUGUCUCGAACUUGUGUUUGACUUACGUGUCCCAAUGUAUAACAUGGCGCAGCCGAAGGAUUUCUAAAUAAAACUCUGUAAACGAAUUAGUAGUAUCGGAAUAUUAAUUGCGAUUCGGACUUAAGGAGUGAUUUGUUUAUGUGUCGCGAGUUUACGCCGGGCGUAGAUAGUGUGUUACCGUUGAAUAAUGGAAUCGUUGUUGCCUCCACCGCCGCCAUUUACUUUUUUGAACAAUGAACAGAAUGUAACGUCUGGAAAUGUUUCAAAAGACUGGGAGAAGUGGAAAAAAUCAUUUGAAAUUUAUUCAGUCGCGUGUGAACUAGGGAAAAAGGAUCCAAAAGUGCAAAUAAACAUUUUGUUACAUGUCAUUGGUGAGCAAGGACGUGAAGUGUAUGAACAAUUUAGUGACACGUUUGCAGAUUUAAAUAGCUUGCUUAGCAAGUUUGAUUCUUUCUUCUUGUUGCGGAAAAAUAUCACUGUACAAAGACAUUCAUUUUUUACACGCGAUCAGAAAGAUGAUGAAUCAAUUGAACAAUACUCGUUUGAACUGAAAAAAUUAGCUAACAAAUGUGAGUUUAAGGAUUUGUGCGACGAUUUGGUACGAGACAGGUUAAUUUGUGGCAUUAAAGACAGUGCAAUAAGGGAACGGCUCCUUCGGGAACCUACUUUGACGCUUCAGAAAGCAAUUGAUAUCUCAAAUAUAGUACAGAUGUCACGAGUGCAAGCAGGCACAAUAAAAAAGGAGUCGGCAGAACAACACGCUUAUUACAUCGGUAGUGGAAUAGCACAGGAGGAAGUUGCAGAUGUACAUUUUCUAUAUCGACGUGGAGGAGCGGCUAGCAGAGGUCGAGGUCGGGGUGGCUGGAGAAGCGGGCGCUUCGCUCGACCACCGCUUGCGCGCCCCCCGCCUGCCGCUCGCCCCGCCGUCACCGGAUCAGCUGUACGGCGACCAUAUGACCAACGAGAUAACGGAAUAAAUUAUGGAAUGCGCGCUGCCUGUGAGAUGUGUGGAGUGUCCCAUGAUAGUCAGAGAUGUCCUGCUUAUGGGAAAAGGUGCUUGCGGUGCAAUCGGUUAAACCACUUUUCACGUGUUUGUCGCGUAUAUGAAUUGAGCGCCGAAGAUAACACCGAUCAGGUAAUAUACUAUUUUAAUAAUAAAAAUAGUAGUGAUUGGUCAGUGACAGUAAGCAUAAAUAAUAUUGAAAUAUCGUUUAAAAUUGAUACAGGUGCAGACACUAAUGUUUUGCCUUACAGUUACUUUGAAAAAAUAGGCUAUAAAAAGCAAGAUCUUUUGCCUACGCUAGCUAGGUUGUGUGGGUAUUCUGGCGGCGAGAUCAAAUUAUUAGGUAGAUGUAACUUAAAAUUGAGGCACAGGGGUAAUGAUUAUAUUUUAAAAUUUGUAAUAGCCGAUACAGAUUCACCUCCGAUUUUAGGUCGAGAUUCUAGCCAGGAGUUGAAUCUGGUAAAGUUAAUACUUUCAGUAGAUACGUGCAAAGACUUUAAAACAAUAUUUUUAGAAGAAUACGCGGACGUGUUUGAAGGUAUUGGUUGUAUGCCGGGUGAGUACAGGAUAGCGAUAGACGAGAGUGUACGUCCUGUAGUACAUGCACCGCGCAAACUGCCCGUAGCUCUUAGAGAACAAAUAAAGCUUAAAUUAGAUGAAAUGGAGAAACAACAAAUUAUUGCGAAAGUUGAAGGGCCAACUGAUUGGGUAAACAGUAUGACCGUGGUUAGGAAACCUAAUGGGGACUUGCGUAUUUGUCUGGAUCCGAAAGAUCUAAACAAAGCGAUCAAGCGGGAACAUUAUCGAUUACCUACAAUAGAUGAGAUAACGGCCAACUUGACAGUUCUCGCCUACGGUGCUCAGACCUGGUCUUUGACGCAAGCUCAGAAGUCCGAACUCGCGGUUUGCCAGAGAGCUAUGGAUCGCAGCAUAUUAGGUGUUAAAUUAAGGGAUCGAGUCCGAAACACCACGCUGCGCUCCAAGACUCAAAUAAUAGACGUAGCACCGAAAGCGGCUAAGUCGAAAUGGGACUGGGCCUGGUCAUGUCUGCCGAAUACCGGACGACUUGUGGGCCAAGAUAACCACUGA